AACACAAGGCAGUGUUGUCGCAACUAACGUCGCGCGCGCACGCUACUCGUUUUUUUUAACAUUUAUCGCAUAGUUUCGGUAUUUUUGACAGUAGUGAUACGUUUUUAAGAUCUACUAACUCUACUAUGCACCACACGUAACCCCACACCAUGACAGAAAAGACAGUAGUCCGUUUCGAAGAAGCGGAACGUAAGAGGACCACCAUCCUCGCUUCGAUAGGAGCUGCUGGCGUGCUACUAGGAUGGCUGGUCAGAGGGUCGAGCCUCCUGAUGACGUCUGUGGCCCUGGUAACCGCGUACCUGAUGACCGGGAAUAGAUACCAGUGGGUGUACAUUUGGAAGAAGACGUUCUACAGGGACAUGUUAGGCCUCCGAGUCCUCCUGGUCACUAUGUUCAAGAUCUGGAUGUGGGAGAAGAAAGGCAUGACGGUGGUGAAGCGUUGGGCCGAGGUGGCCCGUCAGGAUCCUGACAAGAAGGCAUUCGUCAUGGGUGACCGUCAUCUCACAUUCCGGCAGGGAGAAGAAUUCAGCAACCGCAUCGCCUGGUACUUCAAACGCCAGGGCUUCAAAAGCGGCGAGGUCAUCGCGCUCUUUAUGGAGACCCAGCCGGAAUACGUCUUCAUCUGGCUAGGUCUAGCCAAGCUCCAGGUUACCACGGCCCUGGUUAAUACGAACCUUAGAGGCGCUCAGUUGACGCAUUGUCUGAAGAUCGCUGGGUGUAAGGCGUUGGUGUUUGGGGAUGAGCUGGCGGAUGGCGUCAAAGAAAUCCGGAGCGAAAUCCACGACAUACCCCUUUUCCAGUUCAACUCUCCUGACCGUCCAUUGGAGAAGCCAGCUACAAUACUACAGGAUGCCGCGCCUCUCGCGUCAGAGCUGACGGAGAUGAGUGCAGCACCUUUUACUGAGGCGGGCACUGCCAGCCCGCGGGACACGCUCAUGUAUAUUUAUACUAGUGGGACUACUGGGUUUCCUAAGGCUGCUGUUAUUACUAAUAUCAGGUAUCUCCUAAUCCCACUAGGAGUCCACACAUCAGCACGGCUAUCAUCAUCCGACGUCGUGUACGAUCCUCUUCCACUGCACCACACGGCGGGCGGAGUCCUUGGUGCAGGGCAAGCGCUGGUGCUGGGCAGCACAGUGGUGCUUAGGAAGAAGUUCUCUGCUUCGAACUAUUGGAAAGAUGUCGCGAAACAUGGAUGCACUGCAGCCCAAUACAUCGGUGAGAUAUGCCGCUAUCUGCUGGCAGUUCCACCUUCACCCAGCGACCGGGCGCACCGAGUGCGUGUGAUCAUGGGCAAUGGACUAAGGCCGCAGAUCUGGCAGGAGUUCGUCGAGCGCUUCGGCGUCGAGAGGGUGAUGGAGUUCUACGGAGCGACAGAGGGGAAUAGCAACUUGAUUAACUUGGAUUCAAAAGUGGGAGCCAUUGGUUUCUUGAGCCGGCUUGUAUCAUCAAUUUAUCCUCUUACUCUAGUCAAAUGCGAUGAAAUUACCGGUGAAAUACUAAGGAACAGUGACGGAAGAUGUAUAAGCUGUGGACCUCAUGAACCUGGUCUAUUACUUGGCAAGAUAGACGCGAAAAAAGCCAUCCUCACAUUCGCGGGCUACGCUGACAAGACUGCUUCAGACAAGAAGAUGGUCCGCAAUGUAAAGAAGGAGGGAGACUGCUACUUCAAUACCGGAGAUAUCCUGGUUAUGGACCACUUCGGGUACUUUUACUUUAAAGAUAGGACUGGAGAUACAUUUAGGUGGCGAGGCGAAAACGUGUCUACGGCAGAAGUGGAAGGAGUCAUAAGCACGCUCGUUGGACUCAAGGAUGCUAUAGUUUAUGGAGUUUCUAUUCCAAAUGUAGAAGGCAAAGCGGGCAUGGCGGCCAUCGCAGACCCGGAGAAGAAACUCGACAUCCCCUACCUCACCAAAGGUCUACAGUCUUCUCUCCCUGCGUACGCCAGGCCUCUUUUCCUCAGAGUCCUACCCGAGCCUCCACUCACUUCUACGUUCAAGCUGCGUAAGAAAGAUUUAAUAGAACAAGCAUACACAUUGGACCUUCAUGAGGACCCUAUGUAUUUCCUAGACCAGAAGACAGGAGAGUAUGUUCCGUUGACGAGGAAGUUGUAUGAUGACAUUGUUAAAGGUGUUGUACGACUGUGAUUCUUGCCAUGUUGAGGGUUCGUGUUGAACUCUUAUUCCUAUUUAGUUUCUAAAAUUGUUUUAAGAAGUAUAAGAAUAAAGAACGACUCACGUCAAAAUGGUCCAGGUCGGGGCCGAGGCUUCCCACACUUCAUAGAUCACACAUUAUCCUCUAGCCGCCCAUACGUCAAACCUUGCCAAGCAAAAUUAAAUUUUAUUUUGUCAACACAAAGUUCAAAUUAGAAUGGAACAGGAGACCUUUUUAUAGGUCUCUGGGCGGCUAGAGGUUAUAGGAAACGAAGUGUCAAACGCCUCGGCCCGGACCUCGGCUGCUCUAGCGCGAGUCAUCCUUAAGGGCGGGUUGCACAACACACAAUCGAUGAACUGAUCUACUUUAAAUAUGGCGACGGUAACCGUCAUUCUAUAGCAAACUGUCAAAGUUUUCAAGCUUGCUGCAACCGAUUCUAAGGUUACGUCACGUUCAGUGAAUGCAAUGUGAGCGAAUGUAGAUUUGGAGGAACGAAUCUGGAGGACGAGAAUCUAUUCUGAGGGGAUUUUCCCUAAGGAACAUGACAAUGAAGAUAUUUGGGGCAAAUGCGCUUCCUUUAGAAAUACAAAUAUCGUUAUUAGGUAUUGUAAGGUAUAUUCACACAUACUUUGCUCAAUUAGGGAAAUCGCUUAUUUGAAUUAGUGAGUAAGGUUGCCAGAGCUCAACGAGGGUGUGGCAUCGCGCAUGUAACACCUAUGGAAUUGCAGGCAUCCAUAGGCUUCGAAGACUGCCUACCAUCAGGCAGGCCGUAUACUUGUUUGCCAUUGACGUAGUAUAAAACAUUGCUUAAUCGAGUAACCAACCGAUAGUGACCCAAAUUAUCUUAAGGAGGCGCACUUGUUACAACUAGACAAAUAAUAUUAGCAAUUUAAUUGUGAAUACAUUUUGUGAUAAAAAUGUGAUAAUUUAUACCAAAAUUUACUGUCAUGACACAAAUCAGCCAUUAUAUUGAAUCUAAGAAGUGAAAUGAGGAGACCAAUAUUGUUAUAGAUCUAGAUUUAUGAAAAUAAAUAAAUGUAUAUAGAGGA